GACCACUGAGUAGAAAUUAGACAAAGUGAGCCUGUCAUUUCCUCUACCACAAUGAUCCUAGACCUGAUCUAUGACAGCUUUGAUUUUAAAAGCUGGAUAAUUUUAUUUUUUGUAUUUCUGAUCCUUGCUGAUAUGAUCAAAAAUAGGAAUCCUUCCAAUUUCCCUCCAGGACCAUGGCCUCUGCCAUUCCUGGGAACUGUCUUCACUAAGAUGGAUUUUAAAACAAUUAAUAAGUUGGCUGAAGUCUAUGGAAACAUAUUCAGCUUAAGAGUGGGCAGUGAGAAAUUGGUAGUCGUGUCGGGAUAUAAAACAGUGAAGGAGGCCCUUGUUACUCAGAAUGACAGUUUUGUUGAGCGUCCACAUGUCCCUCUGUUUCACAAAAUUUAUAAAGGAACUGGGUUAACAAUGAGUAAUGGAUACCAGUGGCGGACACAUAGGAAGUUUGCAGGCCUCCAUUUAAGGAUGUUUGGAGAGGAGAAGAAAAUCCUUGAGCACAGCAUUCAACAAGAGUCUGUCUAUCUCUGUGAUGCCUUUAAGACAGAAAAGGGACCCUUCAACCCUAUGACCAUCUUAAACAGCGCUGUCUCAAAUACUGUUGCCUGUUUGACAUUUGGACAACGCUUUGACUAUCAUGAUGAAUAUUACCAAAGAAUACUGCGUCUUGACAAUGAAUGUGUUCAAAUAGCGGGCUCUCCUAGAGCACAGUUAUAUAAUGUGUGUCCUUGGCUCUUGGAAUACUUACCUGGACCCCAUCAGACUAUGUUUUCAAACUAUAAGCACAUAAUAGGCUUCCUAAGAGGAGAGAUCAUUAAACACAGAGAGGACUGGGACCCUUCAAACCCACGUGACUUUAUAGACAACUACCUGACUGAAAUGGAAAAGAAAAGGAGUGACCCUGAGGCUGGUUUUAACGUAGAAGGGUUAGUGAUAUCUUGCUUAGACAUGAUAGAGGCCGGGACAGAGACCUCUGCUUCUACAUUACGCUGGGGUCUGCUUUUAAUGAUCAAAUAUCCAGAAAUACAGAAAAAGGUACAUGCAGAGAUAGACAGGGUGAUUGGACAGUCGCGUCAACCCUGUUUGGCUGACAGAGUUGAUAUGCCCUACACUGAGGCUGUUAUCCAUGAGAUUCAAAGAUUUGGAGAUGUUGUUCCACUGGGAUUCCCUAAAAAAGCUGCUAAAGACACAACAGUAGGAGGAUUCUUCAUUCCUAAGGGCACCUCUAUUUCAACAAGCCUGUCUUCAGUCCUGCAUGAUCCAAAUGAAUGGGAGACACCAGACACCUUUAACCCAGGACACUUCCUGAAUGAAAAUGGCCAGUUUCGCAAAAGAGAUGCUUUUCUGCCUUUUUCAGCAGGUAAACGAGCGUGUUUGGGAGAGCAGCUGGCUCGUCAGGUGAUCUUCCUGUUCUUCACCUCUCUGCUGCAGCAAUUCACCAUCUCCAAAUGUCCAGGAGAGGAACUCAGUUUGGAGGGAGAGAUAUGGUUCACAAAUGUUCCUUGUCCAUACCGUAUGUGUGUGUCCUCACGUUAGAACAAUACAAAGUCAGUAAGAUUAGAUAUAUGCUUUCUGAUAUGUGUUUCUGGAUGAUUAUCAUUUCCACAUUUUUUUAAAUGCAAUAUUAUUGCAAAUGUAUCAGUAUAUGCAUGAAUGAUUUUGAUGUACUUAAUGUACAUGUAUUGAUACCUGUAUUAAUACUCUGUGUAAAUGAUUUACAGAUGUGUAAAUAAUCAUAUUUGCCAUGUAAAUAAAUUACACUGGUUAAAA